AUGCCCAAACUCUGUGUUCAGUGCAAUUCUAGAAACGCUGCUCUCAAACGACCCAAGAAUGGAGCCAUGAUUUGUCGGGAAUGUUUCUUUGAGUUGUUUGAGAAUGAAAUUCAUGAGACGAUAGUUUCCAAUCAUUUAUUUAAACCCGGAGAUAAAGUUGCCAUUGCUGCAAGUGGAGGAAAGGAUUCGACGGUACUGGCUCAUGUGAUGAAGGUCUUGAAUGAUAGACAUGGAUACGGAUUGGAUUUAUAUUUAUUGAGUAUUGAUGAAGGUAUCAAAGGAUAUCGGGAUGAUAGUUUGGAGACUGUAAAGCGGAAUAGAGACCAAUAUCAAAUACCAUUAAAAAUUCUUGGAUAUAAAGAAUUAUAUGGAUGGUCCAUGGAUGAAAUUGUUCAACAAAUUGGUCUCAAAAAUAAUUGUACUUUUUGUGGAGUAUUCCGACGACAGGCUUUGGAUCGUGGUUGUGAGCAAUUGCGUGUGGACAAGAUGGUUACUGGACAUAAUGCCGAUGACAUUGCAGAGACUGUUUUGAUGAACAUUUUGCGAGGAGACAUUGGACGAUUGCAACGCUGUGUUGAUAUUAUUACACACGACGACGGAGGUUUCAACAUUCCACGUGCUAAACCAUUCAAAUAUACCUAUCAAAAAGAAAUUGUCCUCUAUGCCUACUUUAAGAAAUUAGAUUAUUUCAGCACAGAAUGUUCCUAUUCACCAAAUGCAUAUAGAGGGCAUGCAAGAGAACUCAUCAAGGAUUUGGAACAAUUAAGACCUCAAACAAUUAUUGAUAUUGUCAAGUCAGCCGAGCAAUUUCGUUUUCACAAGAAUGAAACUGUUCAUGAUGAUGAGGAACAUGAAAGUGCAAUGAAGAAGCGAACUCUCACCAAAUGCAUUCGAUGUGGAUAUAUUAGUAGUCAAGAAUUGUGUCGUGCUUGUGUUUUCCUUGAAGGAUUAAAUAAGGGAACCGCUCGACUAGCUCUCUAUUCAGAUGGUCAGUCAAGACCCAACAGAGGAAAACAAAAUGAGGUUCAAGCUGCCACUUUGAGCAGUACGAGUGUUGGAGAGUCUAAUGUCUCUUCUGCCGUUACUAGCUAUGAUGCUGUUCAGAAUCACAUCGUUGAUACAACCUCUGUCAUGAAAAAGUCAACACAAGACAAGUCAUUGGAGUGGUGA